AUGCGUUUCACUACCAUCUUCGCCCUCGCCGCCUUCGUGACGACCGUGGUCACCGCUGCUGUGCCGCCCGGUAACCCCAACCUGCCCGACCCGCUCGCCAUCUCGUCCUACGUCCCGAGCGUGUGCAGGGACAACUGCACGACCCUCAACACGGUGUACUCGUCGUGCGCGUACCCGAACACGACUUGCUUGAACGUCUGUGACCCCACCUCGCUCGAAGAGUUCACCACGUGCUACCUCUGCCUCACGGCCAUCGAGUUCAUGAACGCGACCGAGGUCAACCUUGUCGGUGUGGCCGUCGACGCGUGCGACAGGUACUGCGGCCAGACUGACAGCGUACCGGCGGACAGCUUCGCGACGUACACCGUGUCGCUGCCUGCUGGUGCUUCGGGCACCGCGGGCGGUGCCAAAGGGUCGACCGCGCCAUCGACCUCUGGUGCUGCCAGUUCUGGCGCGGCUGGUACCGGCCCUGGCGCUGGAUCGGGGACGCCGUCUGCUUCGGCGUCUAGCGGUUCCGGUUCCCACUCUAAGAGCGGCGGUAUCCGCGCCGCUUCGGCUGGCGGCGCCUUCGGCGUGCUCGUCCUCCUGGCUUCGUUCGCCACACUCUGA